AUGUGGAUCAACCGGGCCGCCCUGGUCCUGGGGCUAGCAUCGUUCUGGAUCCAGCAGGCCUUGAGCAUAGUCAUCCCUGUCGAGCGCGCUGCAACUGAGCUUCUCCCCAAGUACGACUAUAUCAUUGUGGGUGGCGGCCUCUCAGGGCUGGUUGUUGGCAACAGAUUGAGCGAAGAUCCAAACGUCACUGUACUCAUUCUAGAAGCUGGUGAAUUGGACAAUCGAACCGAAUAUACUACGUACCCGGCAUAUAUCGGCCGAGAAAUCACCAACGUCAACGGCUGGACGCUCGCUACAACGCCACAGGACCACCUAGACCAUAGAUCUCGGCCAUAUCCCCAGGGCCGCGGGGUGGGAGGCGGUACCCUCAUCCACGGGAUGGUGUGGACGCGGGGAUCCAAGCGUGAUUUUGAUGCCUGGAGAGACUUGGGAAAUCCGGGCUGGUCAUAGGACGACCUGUUGCCUUAUUUCAUGAAGACUGAAACUUACACAUUGGGUGGGC